GUCUCCAUAGCAUCCCGGUACGGCUGCGCAUGGAGCUCCAAGAAGGCGGCGAGGCAAGAAAGAGAGAACUCCGCUCCGAGGACUGGACCAGAGUGCGGAGCUUCGCGCUCCCGAGCCUCGGGCCAGUGCCAGAAGCCCGAGAGCGCGUCCAGCGCCGCCCAG